AUGCCAGGAACACCGCAGGUCCAGCACUUGAUCGGCGUCGCGGAGCAAAUCUCGGACUCUGGUGCCGGCCCCCCGGUUAGCCACCUCCCCCGGCUCCUCCAGGAGAGUUCUGAGGCCGAACCCCGCCCCCGGAACCCUCCGCUGCGGCCAACCACGAGCGCUGUCCGCGGCUCCACUUCCGCACUCGGGCUCACUAUCUCCUUCUUUGGUUACUUCCCUCCAGGGACUCACUCUUUGAGAUAUUUUCGACUGGGAGUUUCUGAUCCUGGACAUGGGAUCCCCGAAUUUAUUUCGGUGGGCUAUGUGGACUCUCACCCUAUCACCACCUACGACAGUGUCACUCGGCAGAAGGAGCCCCGCGCACCGUGGAUGGCGGAGAACCUCGCGCCUGAUCACUGGGAGAGGUACACCCAGCUGCUGAGGGGCUGGCAGCAGACGUUCCAGGUGGAGCUGAAGUACCUGCAGAACCGCUACAAUCAUUCAAGGUUUCACACUUACCAGAGGAUGAUUGGCUGUGAGUUGUUAGAGGAUGGCAGCACCACGGGAUUUCUCCAAUAUGCAUAUGACGGAGAGGAUUUCUUGAUCUUUCAUAAAGACACUCUCUCCUGGAUAGCUGUAGACAGCGUGGCUCAAAUCACCAAGCGGGCAUGGGAGGCCAACCGGCAUGAGUUACAGUACCAGAGGAAUUGGCUGGAGGCAGAAUGUAUUGCUUGGCUGAAAAGAUUCCUGGAGUAUGGGAACGAUACCCUAAAAAGGACAGAGCCUCCACAGGUCAGAAUAAAGCGCAAAGAAACGUCUCCAGGGAUUGCAACUCUUACCUGCAGAGCUCAUGGUUUCUACCCCCCAGAGAUUUCUAUGAUCUGGAUGAAAAAUGGGGAAGAAAUAACGCAAGAAACGUAUUAUGGAGACAUCCUUCCCAGUGGAGAUGGAACCUAUCAGACAUGGAUUUCAGUGGAAAUGGACUCUCUGAGCAGCGAGGCUUACUCUUGUCACGUGGAGCACUGUGACCUCCGCAUGGUCCUUCAGGUUCCCCAAACAUCAGAAACUAUCCUUCUGGUGAUGAAAGGCCUUUCUGGGUCCAUUUUCCUUGCCAUUAUCGUGGCUGGAGUUGGUGUCCUGGUCUGGAGAAGAAGAUCCCGAGCGCAAAAUGGAAUUGCCUACAUUCCUACACCAAAUCAGUGA